UGAUACAGUAUAUAUCGCGAUCGUUCCUCGAAACCAACACAGUCUCCAUCAAGACAAGUUCACAAUGUUCACUAAAAUAUUUGCCCUUAUCGUUGUGGCGGUCGCCACCGCCUCCGCCGGGAUCGUAGCGCCAGCCGCCUACGUCGCCGCCCCCGCUGCCUACGUCGCUCCCUACGCCUCGGCGGCGUACGUCGCUCCCUACGCUUCCUCGUACUCAGCGCACGCUGUUAACCACGCUGUCGCCGCGCCGGUCGUGGCAGCCGCCCCGUACGUCGCAGCGCCCGCCUCUUACGUAGCAUCUCCUGUUUUAUUAAAGUGAUUUACUGAAAUUGACCUGUGAAAUGCAAAGUGAAUAAAUCGUGCAUAUUAAAUAGA